AUGGCCAGUUUUGAAUAUGCGAAGCUGGAUGGAGGUUUUGAUUUCAAGAGCUCCUCAAGUGCUUUUGGGGGGCUUUGCGCUGGAACAGGACAAGAGUGGCGCGCAGCAUUUACAGAUUUCUGGCGCUUGUACCGAGAAUACGAUGCCAACCACCCGGUCUUCCAAGAGCAACAUGACAUGUCAGUCCGGCUGCCGGUGUUCUGUCAUGGCGACGAGGGGCGUGGAUUACGUCGUGUGCCAUUUAUGGUGGAAGUAUGGCAGCCGGUCUUGUCCCACAAAGGUGCUAAUUGCACAAACAUGAGUGGGCAUACAUUUUGUUCUCGCCUACUCUUCACUUGCAUUAGCAGCAAACUCUUUGCGGGUGACCUGACGCUACGACAAAUCAACCGCGCAUGGGCAGAACAAAUGAUUUCUCUUUCCCAGGAUGGUGUGCCGGCUGGAAUCUGGAAUCUGUUCCUGACAUUCUUGGGAGGUAAAGGAGAUUGGCCUUAUCUUCGUAAGGCCCUAGAUAUAUACACGGGUUCCGGCUACUGCUGUCGGCAAAUCCCUGCUGAGAACUGGCAUGAUUUCAGUGAAGAUGCUCCAUGGCGGCAUGAGCGACCAAAUCCAUCGCCCUUCAAAGAGGACGGCAAUCCGUUUCAUAAAGUUCCUGGAGCGGACGACGCCCUGCGAGUUCUGCCAGAUGUGAUGCACACAUAUCACAUCGGAUUCGGCGUCGACUUUUGCGCGUCCAUCAUCAUGUGGCUGGCCAAUCUUGGCCACUUCGGCCAUAAAGGCAAAAUCGACGACUGGUUGCGUGAGGCGCACUCUAGGUUUAUGCAGUGGUGCGCGGCCAAUGGCAAGUAUUCAGCUUGCACGGAGUGGUCACGAAGAACGUUCCACAUGAAGUCGAAACUUGUGCCAAAUUCAGGCGCGGCAUGCAAAGCGCACGACACGGGGGUCGUGACAGCGUGGCUUGAGCAUGUCCUUCGCGGCAUAGCACCAGACAAUGGCAUCAUCGACACCAUGCGGUACACCGUCUCUCAGUGCAACGUCUUUUUUCGCACCCUGCACAAGCACGGGAACUUCAUCCCACCGGCUGACAAGGACAAAGCGAUGUCGGAUAUGCAAACUUAG